AACAAGCAAAAGAUUUUAAUUCAGCAAAAGAAAUAAAAGAUGAAGUAAAACGAAAUCAAGUUUUAAACGAAAAAGACAAGAAAAAAUUAAUCGAUAAAUUAAAAUUAUUAAUGUAUAAAUUCAUUCAAAAAGACUUUUAA